AUGGAUGGCACCAACAUUCUGCACUGCAACGAUGGCUUUUGGAACGCUAGCAUUCCCUCGUGCAAGGGUAUGUAUUCAUUCUGUGCUAACACGAAGUUGACCUCUAAAUUACUAUUAUCACCUUGAAAAAGUUGGUGGUUUAUUAAUGUAUUUUCAUUGAACAUCGCUGUUCUCUUUCGUAGCCACAUGUACUGACCCUGGGUUAAUAGACAGAGGAAAACGAAAUGGUACAGAUUUUUCUCACGGACAGGUGGUCACGUAUGAAUGCUCUACAAAAAACUACAGUUUGGUUGGAAAUCCUCGUCUUACAUGUAACAAUGGAGUCUGGGAUUCAGCUCUUCCAGUUUGCAAAAGUGAGUAUCCUAAAAUAUACAUAUUUUAGUGUUUCUUAGUAUUUUAAAAGACGAAGCACAUAGUUGUCAAUUAUAACCGCGUAAGUUUGGUAAAUUUCCUCAGCUAGAAAGCCAAAAACACCAUGAUCAAACAUAUGCUCGCAAAACAUGUCACACAGACCUGUUUGGGCCACACACUUCGAUGCAAUAAAGUUCUUGCAAUAUUUCAUAAAGUAAUUUGGUGAUACUCAAUUGCCCAACCUCUCCUUCUCUAAACUCAAGACUUGUGGCAUAUUUUUGUUCUAAAAUAGACAUUAUUUUGGUUGUCGGGGUACGAAAGAGGUCUCAGUGCCCAAGUAUAAUGAUAGGCAUAUAUUAUCAUGGCAUUAUCUGUUAUAUCUUUCAGAGUCCUGUAAUCCACUCCCACCGUUAUCUAAUGGCAAAAUCCAUAACAAUGGUGUCAGUCACGAGACCGUGGUCUCUUUCUCCUGUAAUUCAGGAUUCAAGCCCCUAGGGUCCCUGCAGAUCAAAUGCCUCGAUGGGAUAUGGAAUGAAAGUUCACCAAGUUGCAUAGGUCCAGUUACUCUCUUCAAUCCAUUGCAUUAUCAUAAUAUCUCUUAUAUCAGUAUCACUAUAUCAUUAUCAUUAUGUAUUAUUUCUUUUAAUUCAAAUUAUACUUGUCACCUUUGAGUAAUAGUUAAGUGUCGUCUUUCUUUUCCUUUAUUCAAUAAGGGAAACGAUAUCGCGGCAUAUGAAUGAAUAACCACCAAUCAAUCAAAAGUCAUACUAGCCUGCAAAUCAGGCGUAAUUUUGGCGGGCGAGUGCUUAGUAUUUUCUAUACAAAAAUUAUGGCCGCCAUCUUUGAUUUUAUGGCAACGGAAGGCUGGGGAAGGACGACGAUAAAAAAUAAGGAGAGGCGUAGGGGAGUUAAGAUUACUUCUCGCCCUCCUCCCGCCUCCUACCCUCACCGUCCACUCUAACUCCAAAUCAAACAUGGCCGGUUGAAUGGACGAUCCCGAGCUUAUAACGUUUGAUCGUUCAAGUGAGACACCUGCACAGCAGGCUGAAGUCAUACAAAUGUGUCGAUAUUUCUUAACUUCAAUUUCCAUCAAUUAUUGGUAUUUGGCAAUACGUUUUCCGGAUUGUGUCAUUGAAUAUGGCAGUUUUAACGAAAAGAAUAGGAUGGAACUUGGACCAUCAGCCUGGUGUUUAUUUUCGUUUCAUUAAUGUUCAUUUAUAGUGUUAUGUUCAUCUAUAAGCCAGUCUUACUUAAUUAUCUGCUUACCUGUUUCUGUAUUUAUUGACAGCCUCUAUUGUUUUCUUUUAGGUGUAUGUGCUAAGCCGGGAAAACUCGGUAACGGGACAGUUGUCGGAAGCAAUUACAGCUACGGUUCUGUGAUCAAGUUUAAAUGCAAUAAAGGCUACAAGUUAAGAGGCUCAGCCAAGUUAAAGUGCAAAAAGGGUGUAUGGGAGGGUCAAUUUCCAGAGUGUGAAGGCAAGUUUAUGUGUUAUGUAAAUAAUAAUGAUACCAUCAAUAUUUCAAUGUGAAUACAGCUGGUAAUUCUGUUACGAUUAAAGUGACAGAAAAAUAUAUUAGAGCAAAUCAAAAAGCAGUUUAUUUAAUUACCUAUAAAGAAACGCUUUUAGGGUCUGUAAGGUUCCUGAAAAAAAGUUGAGCGCGUAAUCUGACGUGUUGCAUGCUGUAUCUAAAUGUAUGUUCAAAUUUUUAUUUCAUUAUUCAUUAAUGCAGUUUGAAUUAAUGAUAGUUUACUCAUUUUCCUUUAGUAUGUGUCCGGGUCGGAGCAGUGUUUUGGGGAUUUUGGAAUAAUAAUAGGAAAGCAGACAAUUACUGGAAAGCUUCCAUCACAAGGAUAACUGCAACACAUUUCGAUUUCGCAUUGCUAAACAACAACAAACAGACGCGUCGUUACCGAAGGACUGAUCAAAAGCUCAUCAUCGAUAAAGUACCAUUCAUAGGGAACUUAUUACCUAACUCGUCUGUAAUAGCCAAUCAGUUUGUCCAUCCAGGGUGGUAUCGAACUGGAAAAGUUAUUGGUACGUCAGGUGGCUCUUUGGUGCACGUGCAGUUUGAUGAUAGUGAAAUAAAAUGGGUUCCGCUUGGACGUGUACGUUUACUCUCUUACCCUGGCUUUUGCUCUGAUGUUGAGUAAAAAUUAGAAAUUAAUGAAUAAAGGGGGUAAGUUUCUAAAGAAACUGUGGUGCUACGUCAGGGGGAAAGUAUAGUAGGUAAUUUAGUGUCAACAACCGAGUUGAAGACGUAAAUUGACCACCG